AUGGAGACCAAGAAUUCGAUCUUGAACGCGUUACUGCAACAGGCAAUUUUUAACAGCCAAGGUGUCGGUGCUAAUGUUCCAGUUAACUUAAGUAUGUCGUUGAAUGACGAAAGAAGUGAGGUAACCAGCUCGUCAUCAUCUGUUGAAGAUGAAUCUCCCGCCGACCUGUCCAGCCGCAGUAAUCACCGUGACGAUUCCCCUCCUCCGCACUAUCAACAUCAUCCGGAUUCAUCACAGCUAAUGCACGCCAUGGCAGCGGCUUUCUCCUUCCAGCGGGAUUUGUUAGCGCAACAGCAAAACAAAUCUGAACAUCACCAACCAGAUAUUGCCAAUAGUUCUUUAUCGCCCUCACCUGAUCCUUCCCACCUGGUUGCAAAAGCCCUGGCUUCGGCCACGAUGAGAAGACCGAGGAGCGAGAAAAAACCUAUCCCAGAUGAUUUAAAAGAUGGCAAAUAUUUUGAGCGUCGACGUCGUAACAAUCUUGCAGCUAAGAGAUCAAGAGACAUGCGAAAAAACCGCGAGGACCAAGUAACGGUUCGAGCCAAUUUCCUUGAGAAGGAGAAUUCAGUCUUAAGAGCUCAAGUGGCCACACUGAGAGACGAAGCUUUCGCCUUGAAGCAAAUGUUAUUGCAUAAGCAGGCUUCCGCCAUUUUACGUAGUCAAGCUGCCACUAGUUGAACAAUUCUCUGUGGGGCGAAAGCAAGAAAAAUGUUCACGUUACGUUGUUUUACUUUUGUGUUAACCAAUUCAAAUCUUUCUUAUGUAUCACGAUUUCUCUUUCGGUUCAAUCAAACACGUCUUUUAUUUAUAAUUUCUUUUUGGGACGUGCCGCCUGCUAACAACCGACUAAAGCUUCACAGUGCCAAAAAUAAACGAGAUGAGAAUCUUUUUUUUCAACCGA